AAUCCCCCAUUUUGAUUUCUGAGUCGGUGAGUCCCGACUCCUGCGGGCUGCGGCAACAAGUUAACACUCAACAACUUCGAGCGACGGCCGACGGGUGAUAUACUAAUAGAAUUAGCAAAAACUAAGACAAGAUGAGUGGAGCUGUGGCAGGGGAGAGAGGCUCAACAACCACUAAAACUCCAGCUGAUUUUCUAAAAUCUAUUCGUGGACGUCCCGUGGUCGUCAAAUUGAACUCAGGUGUUGAUUAUCGAGGCAUUUUAGCAUGUUUAGAUGGAUACAUGAAUAUUGCAAUGGAGCAAACAGAAGAGUAUGUUAAUGGACAACUGAAGAACAAGUACGGGGAUGCCUUCAUACGAGGAAACAAUGUACUCUACAUCAGCACAUCGAAGAGGACCUUGGCGGAGGGGGCUUAGUACUCGGCUGGCUUACAUGUUUUUUUAUCGUGUUACAUUUGCCAGCUCUUUGUCAAGAAUUUAAAGCUGGAUUAGACCAAUGUUUUCAAAUUCAGUAAAGUAAAUAUGAAUUGUGUUUUGUAGAGUUUGAAGUUUGUUAAUGUUGGAUGGAACACUACCCCUUUUGGUAGCUUCUGUAGCUUACAUGACUGGAUUAAUAUAUUCAAAUGCACGUCUGUAUUUGAGUUUUAGUUAUAUGAAGGCACGUUCGUGAUAUUUGCAUUG